UGUUGCUAAGUUCACCCCGAUAAGGAAAACAGCAUUUUAUACAAAAGUAUGGCUGUGUUUUGGCUUUUGCCCGUUACAAGUCUUAUGCAUUUUAUACAUACAUCAUAAAAUACUAAUUGGUCGUGAGAUAUUUGUUGUUACUAGUGACGUGUUUAAACACCAUUUAAUUAUGGCCGUCACCGCAGCUGCCCAACUUUUAGACGAAUUAAUGGGUAAAAAUAGAAAUGUAGCUCCUGAUGAAAAAGUUAAACCAACUGACUGGAGGGAUGCGAUUUACUGCAAGUAUUACCUGGUGAAAUUGUGUCCUCAUGAUUUGUUUGUAAAUACCAAAAACGACCUUGGUACUUGCCCAAAAAUUCAUGAUGAAGAUGCUCGACAAUUGUUCCAGGAAGUGAAAAAUACAGAUCAGAAGAAAUUGCAAUAUCAUGUAGAGUUCCUGCGUUUUUGUGCAUCUAUAAUGAAUGAUCUCGAAAGAAGAAUUGAUAAGGGUAAACAAAGAUUAGCUCUUAUGUCAAAUUCUACUGAAGCUGUACCAAAAGUUGCAAAAAACAAUCAAGAGCAGAUAAAUAUCCUUAGCCAAAAAAUCGAAGAACUAGAAACCCAGGCCGAACAAGCUGGUAUAGCAGGCAAUGUCGAACAUGCUCAGGGUAUUUUAAAGCUUUGUGACCAACUCAAGGAAGAAAAAGAUGCUCUUUUAAAACCAGCAGAUAGAACUCAAAAUAACAACUCUGACCUUACACAAGAAAAGCAAAUGGAGGUGUGUGAAGUCUGUGGAGCUCUUCUUAUUGUGGGGGAUGCACAACAGCGUUUAGAAGACCAUCUUAUGGGAAAACAACAUAUGGGGUAUUCAAAAUUAAAAGAAAUUAUUGAUGAGAUAUCUCAGUUAGUGAAGGAUACCAGAGAACUACUUUAUGGGCCCAGAAUAUCAGAAAAAAGAAGCAGGGAAAAGGAUUCAAGAAAGGAAAGAAGUAGGGAUAGAGGUAAAAAGAAGGAUAGAAAAUAUGAUAUGGAUUAUGAACAAGCUAAAACAAAAACUGAAAAAGAUGAAGAUAGUGAAAGGGAUAGAAGACCAAAAGACAAGUCUAGGUUAGAUGAUAGAAGCCAUAGAAGAGAUUCUCACAGAGAUCGAGAACAUAGAGAUAAAGAGAGAUAUGAAGAUAGGCAUAGAAAUAGAGACAGGGAAAAGAGAAAACAUCGAGAUUCUAGUCAUCAUCAUAGUUGUAGCCAUCGCAGACAUAAAAAAUAAAAUCCCAAUAUAGAUAAUCCUUCACUAUAAAUUGUGUGAAGGAUAUAAUAUGUGUAUUCUGCAAAAUACAGCACAACCAGAACACACUUCGUUUAUGCAAGAGUUUCUCUUCUUAAAAAUGUGACAUAAACAGAAUAGAAAUAAAUUGAAUCCAGUUAUAAUGGAAGGUAUGGAGCUAGAUUCCACCUCUCCAAAUAUAGACAUAUUCAGGUACAUUAAAUUUGAAAUUAAUUAAUAGUAAAUACUAAAUAAAACCAGCUAAUUAAUUAAUUAAUUAAUUAUAUAUGUCUUUGUGUGUAAUUUCAUUUCUAUUAUUUAAGAUGUUCAGAAGAUGAUUAAUUACCAAAUUUACACCAGCAAUAACAUUCCCUUU